AUGAUCCAAUUACUUCUAAAUGUGCUGGAUCCCAUUGUUCCCUUUGUUAAUAAAAUAGACAGCUAAGCAAGUUAUGGUUCUAAAUUUAGAAAAUGCCAAAAAUGUAAAAAUACCAAAAUAUGUCAGUAGUGUUCAGAUGAUGAUGAAGACACUUGUACUCUUUGCUAUGAUAACUUUAAGAUUGAUGAUCAAGAUGGCUUCGGUCUUGUAGAACCAAUUUAAGGUUCAAUAUGCUACAAAUGUUUUGAUGAUUAGUGCAUAGAAUGUGAUUAUUUAAUGGAUUGCAAACUUUGUCCACAAAAAUAUGAUAUAGUAUCUACUAUUAUCAUAAGUGAUCCGAUUAUUGUGACUGCCAAUAUUUGCCAAGCAAUACACUAUCCAGAUUGCGCCAGUUGUGACAUAGAUCCUGUAGAUUUGACUAGCAUAAGUUGUUAAUCUUGUAUAAACGGAUAUUAUGAUUAGAGUCUUGGUUGCCUUUCAAAAUGCCCAAUAGGAUUUUUUGGAGUUGCUUAAUACUCAAAAAGAGGAUUUAUUGAGACAUCAUCUUGCCAAAUUUGUAACUCGUCAUGUGAAGAAUGUGUAAGUAACUAAUAUUGUUCCUCGUGUCCUCGUAAUUAUUACCUGGAGAAAUUCUCCUAUUCAAAAAGCUAUGGCUACUGCAAACUAAAAGAACUUAAUUAUAUAACAACUACUCUUUACGUUACUAACGAUGAUAUAACAGUUGAUGUGUAAAAUCUAGAUGGAUCCGAAGCACUACCGUUUGGUGAUUUGGAAGAUGCAAUAGAAAGAGCUUAUGAAAUUGCAGCACCUUAUAAGCACGCUUUAAUUACAAUUUAUUUAAAGGAGAGUGCAAAUUAUGGUAAAAAUCACUAUCUUUUAAGGAAUGCACGAGAUUUUUAUUAAUCAAAAGUUGAAGAUAAAUAGUCACAAGGCUUGACAUUGAUUAUUAAGCCAGCAACAACAGUUGAUGGGAAAAUUACAGUUUAUAAUAAGAGAAGGGACCAGUUUUAAAUAAAUGUUAGUGGAGGGCUUACAAUUGAAAAUAUCAUAUUCGAUAGUUUAGAUUCUGUUAUUCCAUAUGAUUUAGACUCAUCGGGAUGUCUUGGUAAAAAGAUAUAAUGCUGCUAAAAUAUAAACGGAGUAAUGAAAAAUAUGACUUUGAGUCCCUGCUUGGAUAAAAAUAAUGACCACCUUAUAAAACUGUAUGUUGUCAAUAAUCUUAUAAACUCAAUUAUAGUGGUGAUGACUGUCUUAACACGAUUGGAGAAUCGCUUAUCAAAUUUGAUAUAUCAAAGAAAUCAUUAUUACAGAAUCCAUAGACUCUAAAUCUCAAGAUAUUUUUCAAAUUGUGGGUCAAUCAUUAGAAAUUUCAAAGAUGAAUUCUCAAAUUCUUAAUACUUAGAAACAUCUGAGUAGAUAUAUGUAAAAAGAAUGAACAAACUAUAAAAUGAAGUGUUCAAAAGACAGAAACUUAUUAAAGGUACAUCCCCAUACACUUGCUCUACUAAUUGCUUCAAAAUUGAGAUUUAUAACACCAUUUUCGAUUAAUUUAACUUCAACAGGACUCUACAUAAAAAUGGAAUAAUGGUCAUUAAAGAUUCUUCUCUCAGAUACAAAGGAGUUAUACUAAAUCUCAUACAAUUUAAUGGUCCUAUUCAUUUGGAAAAAAUACAAAUCUCAAACAUUUAGCAACCUUAUUAGACAUGCUCGGUCUCAAAACAAUACUAUGAUGGAAAAUCUCCUGAAUUCACUGAUGAUUUUAUUUCAAUAAAUUAUCCUGGCUACUAUAAUCAACUACAAAACCUCAUAUCUGUUGUUAAUCAUACAGAUUAAUUUAUUCUUGUGGAUUCAUAAUUUUACAACAAUACUGCUGUAAAAGGCUUAGUUUACUUGCAAUUUUUAAAGGAAGCCUCAGGUAAACCUCAGUUAAUAACUAAUAACAUAUUUAAAAACAAUGCUGGAUAUUUUUCAACGGUUGGGAUAUUUAUUCGAAUGCUUUCUAGCGAGAAUAUUUAUGAGCUUACUCCUUAAUAAAAGUAACAAUGUAGUGGAUUCAAAGUAUCUAAUAAUUACUUCGAGCAUAAUUAUGGAUGCCCUGAAUAUGGGGGUGCCAUAGUAAGAUUUGAAUGUAUUACAACAAGUAAGAUAGACUCGUUCUUUGAUUUAGAUCUCAUAGAAGUCAAUGAUGAAAUAUCUAUUAGAACUGAUAGUUAGUUUAUUUACAAUGAUACUCUUAAAGAAUCUUUAAGAGAAACAGUAUUUAACUUUGAUGAAUAUAUUCCAACAUUCAAUAGUGUAAUUCUACUUGACUCAUUUAAAACAAUUAGUAUUGAAAUGAAUACUGUUGAUUUUUCUCACAAUUACUUCUACGAAAAUUUCGGUUCUUAUGAGUCAGGAUUAUUAGAUAUAAGAGGACUUAGGGUUAUUCUUCUAAGAAAUAACACCUUUGUUAAAAAUGGUGAAUCAACUUAUGAUCUAAUUGAAUCUUUUAAUUCAAAAUUGAUUAAGAAUGAUAUCGAUGAAGAAGGCCUUUAUUAAAAAGCAUUAUUACCUUAGUCAACAAAGCAUUAUGGAUUUUUAUCUGGACUUAUAAAAAUUUAGCAUAAUUCUCAUUUGCUAUUGAAAGAUCUUUACUUUGAUAAUAAUUGGAUAGGAUUUUCUAGAUCAUCUUUAAUUUAAAAUGGUUUAUCUUAGCUUUUGUAUCUAUAACAUUUCUAUGGUUCAAUCUAAAUCUAAAACAUGACAAUUAUGAAUUAAAAUGGGCUUUAGAGUGAUGCUUGUUUAGCUAUAUAUUAAGCGAUUGACAAUUAAUAAUAGUAUGGAGGAGGACUUCCUCCUCUUAUUUAUAUGGAUUAUGGAAAUUCUUUAAUUAAGUCCUUAAAGAUUAAUACCUUAAUUCUUAAGGACUCAGAUUUUGGAUAAAUUUAAGACUCUUAAGCCAUUUUCUUUGAAUAAAACAAGUAAAUAUUAGAGUUUAAUUAUUUAUAGUCCUAAGAAAUUUAUUCAUUCUAUUGA